AUGGUGCAAUAUUCGCAUAUUCCUGGUGGCAUGAAGCCAAAAAAAAGAGUUGUCAUCUCUAAGGCUCUUGCAAAACUUUCCCCUCGCAGGAUUUAUGAGCGAUGUUAUUCCAAGCGCUUUGUAGCAGAGCCAGUCGACUCGGAGUCCAUCUGCUUUACAAACCUUCCCUACGAAAUUCGUCUAAUGAUUUGGCACUACUGCUUCGAAUCUCGUGUAGUCACCAUAACCGCCCAUAACAGCUGGACCGACGACUCUCGCGAAUAUAAGCCGGCCAUAUCAUCAGUCCACGCGGUUAUGCCAGUGACUCUUAGCAUCAACAGGGAAAGCCGAUAUGAAACGCUUCUGCACUACACAGACUUGAUUCGGAACCCUGGAUUGUUCCGCGACCCAGUAUAUUUCAAUCCAAAGCUUGAUAAGCUCGCCAUUCACGUAGUCUACAAAAACAGAUUUAGAAGAUGGAGUGCAUUGCCUACUCAUUGCUUAUGCUUUAACUUCCACACUUUGGCCGAAAUUUCGCUAUACUCACCAAAUAUGUACAGGAUGGAGCAUUUUCACGUAUCUCGAGAAGAAGCUCUCUGCGAAACAUCCAGAUGUUAUGGCAGUCUAUUUGUGCUUUGGCCCGAUUUAAUGCACGAAUUUCAUAACUUGAAAACCAUCGUAGUCCAGUCGCCUAAUGUCAAUGAGACAAUGGUCCUCAACAAAAUCUCGAAAGAUGGUAGUUGGGUCGUGCGAGAACCCGUCUGGAAGGCCAUCAAAUCAAUGGAGAAUUUCGAAGAUGAUAAUUGGCGGAUCACACAGAGAGAUGACCACAAUGUAUCAUCGUCGUAUUAUGAUCGCCGCCGUGGAAGAUCAACAGAACUUAAAUAA